CCUUAGCAACAGGGAACAGGAAGCGUUGGACCGUUAAACCGUUUUUGGAGGGCAAUUAGUGGGGGUGGUUUCAAGUUUCAUAUACAUGUGAUACAUCUUAUCAGUAACAAAGUGGUUUAAAAUGCGCGCCAAUUUUUCGACAGUCAGCUGAGGCGGGCUACGGUUAAAUUUCGCGCUCGCGCAAUGCGAGGUUCGCGGAGAAUUUUAGUGUCGCCUCCUGUCAUGGAUCCAUCAUUUGGAUUCAACGUAACUAACCUAAAAAUUUUAAGUUUGUUUUGUUUAUGGAAGGCUUGUAUACAUUCGCGUAGGUUUGAUGGCUAUGGUUAGUUUGUGUUAGUGUCGUUGAAUCCAAAUGAUGGAUCCAUGACAGGCGUUACUGCGAUGAGCCACUCAUAGAUAAAGACAAGUGGAGCGACUCGUGACAGAUUAACCAGAAUAUUUUUUUUAAACCAAUUUUCAAUUUUUUUGUUUACGCCUGUUUCAAUACUUUCCACUUGCGUUUUUUGAAUGCUCAUCUAGAAAAUGGCGUCAACUAGGAAGGUAGCUGUGGUCACCGGCAGCAACAAAGGAAUUGGCUUUGCCAUAGUCAAAGGUCUCUGCGAAAAGUACAAUGGAGACGUCUACCUCACUUCCAGGGACAUAAAAAGGGGAACCGCUGCUGUAGAGGCGCUGAAGCAGUUAGGGUUCCCCAUGUUAGGUAGCCUCAUGUUCCAUCAGCUUGACAUCACUGACCAGGCUAGUGUAGAGGCUUUUCGCAAUCACAUCAAGUCCACGCAUGGAGGCAUUGAUGUAUUAAUCAACAACGCUGCCAUUGCAUUUAAGACGGAGGCCCCCGAGCCAUUUGCUGUACAAGCCAAGGAAACUAUCCGCGUGAACUACUUUGGCACCUUGAUGGUGUGCAAUGCCCUGUUUCCGCUACUGCGCCAAAACGCCAAAGUGGUUAACGUUUCCAGUUCAGCAGGCCAUUUAUUACGCAUUCCAUCAGCAGACUUGAGAUCGAAGCUAAGCAGUGUCUCUUUGGAUGUCUCCGGUCUCAACCAGUUGGUCGAGCAAUUUGUCCAGGCAGCUGAUGCUGGUAAAAACCAAGAGGAAGGAUGGGGAUCUUCUGCCUAUGCUGUUUCAAAAGUGGCCGUCAGCGCUUUGACGGUGAUCCAGCAAAGGGCGUUUGACGCAGAGUCUCCGAGCCGCAACAUUGCUGUUAACUCUGUCCAUCCAGGAUAUGUGGAUACCGACAUGUCUAGCCAUAAGGGUCCCUUAACCACAGAAGAGGGGGCGCAGGCCCCUCUAUUUUUAGCCCUCGAAGCCAAUAUCAAGGGCAAGUACGUGUGGUUCAACAGUGCAGUUGUCGAAUGGGAUAAAGCUCUGGAAGUCAACUGAAAUCAAUCCUGUUUUUACUAGGAUAGAAAAACAUUUUUCAAAUAACUUGAAAUUUAAUUCAAUAAAUUGUGUCCAUACU